GCCAAUUACUCACUUCCCUUUUCUCCAUUUCCACCGCUCGAGAACAUCCAAGCUAAAGCUGUAAUGGCUAAGAAUACCCACAUAACAGUCAUCCCCUUCCUUCUCUUGAUUUCCAUCUUCCAUUCCUAUAACAACUGGCAAGUCUCCGCCAGGGAAACCCACGCCAGAAGAAGCCAUCAUCAUCACCACCACCAUCAUCAAGCCAAGAAGUCACUCCCUUCCCCUGUUUUCUCCUACUCUGUUUCUUCUUCCUGUGCAUCAUCUCCUCUGCCUCAAGGUGGGUUGAAGAUCUCGCACAGAUACGGUCCCUGCUCACUCCAGGGGAAGCGGCAGGAGCUGAAACAGGGGAGCCACAAUUCACUGUACAACAUAGCCGCCGCCGACGACACAACCGCCACCAAUUAUGCAGUGGAUUCUUCAGAUAACGGAGAAGGAGUAGCAAUGCGGACCUUCGGUCGCUCGCAGGGCGCCGGAAACUUCCUCGUCACCAUCGGCCUCGGCACUCCGGAACGAGAUUUCGAUCUAAUGUUCGACACAGGCAGCGACCUGUCGUGGGUAAAAUGCCAACCCGACGGCGGCGGCGACGGCGGCGUUUUCGACCCUUCAGCCUCCUCCACCUUCAACGUCACCUGCGAUCCCAGCUGCAACUACAGAGUCCCCUACCUUGACCGCUCCAGUUCAACCGGCUACUACGCCAAAGACAGACUCACCAUCGCCGGCGACGAGCUCCCCAAUUUCACCUUCGGCUGCAGCCAGAAAACCUCCGGCAACUUCGGCGACGCCGCCGGAGUCCUCGCCCUCGGACGAUCCAACCCAAUUACACUCAUCUCCCAGACCGCCGCGAUGUACGGCCAGAUCUUCUGCUACUGCUUGCCCACCUUCGACAAUUCAGCCGGCUACCUCCUCUUCGGAAACGGGGCGACCCAUCAAUGUCGAAGCUCCGACAACCAAUUCACCGCGCUCGUCGGCAACCGCGAUUCCCCCAACCAGUACUUCGUCGAUUUCAACGGGAUCACAAUCGGAAGCGCGAGGCUCGACUUCCGAGCUUCUUCUUCCUCCUCGCCGUCGAUGGGGACGACGAUGAUGGACUCCGGGACUGUAAUUACCAAGCUUCCAGCUGCGGUGUACGAAUUUCUGAAAGGUGAGUUUGUGAAAUCGGUGGGGGAAUUUUACCCGAGGGUGGAGAAGGCGGAUAAGUUGGACACGUGCUAUGACAUGGAGGGCAAUUUCAACGCCGCCGUGAUUCCGGCGGUGGUGCUGCAUUUUGACGGCAUGGAUCUGAGGCUGGGUCCGUCGGCGGUGGUUUGGAUGGACGAUGGGUACGGUCAGGUGUGCUUGGCGUUUGCUGCUAAAGAAGAUGAGAAGGAUUCGAACAUCAUUGGGAACCAUCAGCAGAGGGGUUUGAAUGUGCUGUACGAUGUUGAGAAUAGCAGGGUUGAAAUCGGGCCGGGAAGUUGUGGUGGCAACUAAAUUGGGUAGGAAGGAUUUGAUUAGUAGGGCUGUGGUGUGGCUAAGAAUGCCUAAGUUAAGCCCAGUCUUUGAUGUCUAAUUCUGUGUUGGUCCUAAUUGCAAAGUGU